AUGGAAGACAAUCGGAAGAGGUGAGGAAAUUCAAAUUUCCGAUUGCUUGAAAAAAUAAGAUUACGGUAGAAUUGCUAAUGAAUUUUAACAGAAAAUGAUGAGAUCGAAAAACAUUAGGGGGUUUAGAUUUAUGAAAUUAGAGAAUACUGUGGAUUAUGAAUUAUUGCGUCAUUGCUGAAGUUUUCAAAUUACUGUAGUUUUUUAAGGAGUUUUUAUAAUUUCACUUUUUUUGAAAAUGAUUUUUUUUCCGUUAACGUGUACCAAUUUUUUUCAAAAGUGUUUCUUUUGAAGAAAAAGCAUUUAUUAAAAAUGGUCUGUUAAAAAUGAUCCAAUCAUAAAAUCUCGGUUGACGAAAGAAACUACGGUAGUUAACUAAUUCAGAAAACCAGUUUCAAAAAUCACUUGAAAUCAUUCUGUAGGUCGAACAUCAUUUUUAUCUAAUUCCAAUCAUCAUUUUCUAACUUGAUGAUAAUUACCCUAAUCCAAUUUUAGAAAGGUUCGUUUUUCUGAUCUUUAGUUUCAAAAAGAUAUAUAAUUGCUGGAAAACGUCAUGAUUGAAUUUUUAAUGGCCAAUUAUUAUUUUUUUUCAGAAAUAUGGAACGUCGAAGAGAAACUUCGAGAUAUGCGGCAAGAGAUCGACGUGGAAAAGAAGCUGAUAUUUUUGGAGAUUUACGUGAAGUUGUUCCAAUUGUAGAAGAAGGAACUGUUACUCAUCUUGAUAGAAUUGCAUUGCUUCGAGUUGCUGCAACUGUAUGUCGAUUGAGAAAAACAGCAUCGAAUGUUUUGGAAACAACUCUUGAAGCUGAAAAAAUAGGAGAUGUUUGGAAUGAAGAUGUUAUCAGUGAAUGUUUGGAUGGAUUUGUGAUGAUUGCGGAUAGUGAUUCAACUAUUUUAUAUGUCACUGAAAGUGUUGCGAUUUAUCUUGGAUUAACUCAAACCGAUUUGACUGGUCGAACUUUGAAAGAAUUUUUGCAUCCUGCAGAUUAUGAUGAACUUUUGAAAAUAACAAAUUGUCCGGAAGAAGGAGCAAAUGCGGUUUUUCGUAUGAAAACUGUGAUAAGUCCAAGAGGAAGAUGUUUGAAUUUGAAAAGCGCACUUUUUAAAGUGAGUUUAGAUUUUUCUGAAAACUCAAAUAGCUCAUAUUUUUAGCCGGUUUCAUUCCUCAUCCAUUCAAAACAAUCAGCCGGUGGUCAUGUUUUCAUAAUGCAAGGUGUUACUAUUCCUGCUGGACAGGGUUCUAUAAAUGCAAAUGCUUCAUCCGUUACAAAGGUGAUCUUUUGAACUUCUUCUCUCGUUUUCUCACAAUUCAAUUCCUUACGAAGUAUGGAAAAAGAGAAGAGAAAAGUGCAAGACGAAUUGAUUGAGGCGCCUGCUGCUCUCGUCAGAAAAAAGAAGAAGAUGAAACUUUUUCCCUCAUCUUAUUCUAUGAAACAAGUGUUGAACCUUGGUCGAAAAGGGAUUUCCAAUUUUCAAGUUCAAAAUUAGAAACACAGAAAAAAACAUAUCAUUUUUUGAAAGAAAAAAGCAACAAAAAAAACAUUUUUUCAGUUUUCUGAUACACCAAAUGGAGCAUUUAUGACUCGACAUACUUGUGAUAUGAGAAUCUCAUUUGUUUCGGAUCGUUUCAAUUAUAUUCUUCGAAGCGAGUUGAAAUCUUUGAUGGGAACAAGUUUUUAUGAUUUGGUGCAUCCAGCAGAUAUGGUUAUUGUUUCAAAAUCAAUGAAAGAAUUAUUCGAAAAAGGGCACACUCGAACACCUUAUUAUCGUUUAAUUGCUGCAAAUAAUACCCUUGCUUGGGUUCAAACUGAAGCAACUACAAUCUCACAUACAACUAAAGGGCAAAAAGGACAAUAUGUCAUUUGUGUGCAUUUUGUGUUGGGGUAAGUUCAAAGAAUCACAAAGAUCUAUUUUUAAAAAAGCUGACUCGGCUAAUCCACUUUUCAUGCUUGAUUAGUUUCAUGUUAAUCUUUAAUCGGAUUUUGUUGUUGACACAUUUCAAGAGUUCGAAGAUUUUUCUGAAACUGUAAAAUAUUAUACACCACGAUUGAAAUAACAAUAGAUUUAUUAGCUACAUUUUAAAUAGAAAGAAAGAUAAAAAACAAUAAAGUUGAGCUCUUUUAUAGCGAGCAUUGUGGGCGUUGUGUCAACAACAGUUUACAUUAAACUGUUAUUGAAUCUGACGUGUUGUAAUCGUACAAUUGGAUUCAAAUUGAGAAAGUUGAUAAAUUAUCAACAUUCCCGCCUCACAAAAUUGAAUAGUUGGUUGAGUUGAUCGAUUUGAUGUGGUUGAGUUGAGUGGAACCAAUACUAGUGAUCUGGUUUGCCACUUUGUUGAUGUACGACAGGUUCUGUGCUUGACCAUAUUGUCGUUUGAGGAUUUGUGAUAUUCGUUUCCUUUGAUCGGAAUACCACUCGAUGUGUUCGGCCAUAAAUCGUUUAUGUCCAGAUUGCCUACCCAAGUGUAGGACUUUGCAUUAUGUGCAGUUUUGUUGAGCUGCCACAUAUCAUGAAGUUGAUGUUGAGUCAACCCUCCCCACCACAAAGAGAGAAAUUGACAUUGUUUUACCUCAUCCAGAUUCGAAUUAUCUGAACUGAGGGAUCUUCUUCGUAGACCAAUAACUACAUAUCGAACUCGACUCGAAUCGUUUAGUGACGGCUUGCUUGGUUCAUUAUUGAGUGGAAUAUUGAAGCCUCGGUGUUCAAUCAUUUCCUUGUGUCCUCGAUAAUGACUUUUCACUCUCCAAUCUCGUUUUCAUUCGACGUUACUUCUACUCGUUGGUGUUUUUCGUCCUGCCACGCGGGUCUUCUUCUCGAAAUCGACCACCAAUUAGGUCGAUGCACCAUGUAAAAUAUUAUACACCACGAUUGAAAUAACAAUAGAUUUAUUAGCUACAUUUUAAAUAGAAAGAAAGAUAAAAAACAAUAAAGUUGAGCUCUUUUAUAGCGAGCAUUGUGGGCGUUGUGUCAACAACAGUUUACAUUAAACUGUUAUUGAAUCUGACGUGUUGUAAUCGUACAAUUGGAUUCAAAUUGAGAAAGUUGAUAAAUUAUCAACAGAAACCUUACAUUUUUGCAGAAUCCAAGGGGCCGAAGAAUCACUUGUUGUUUCAACUGAUGCAAUGCCUGCUGGAGUACAAGUUGAUAUCAAGAAAGAAAUUGAUGAUACACGUGAUUAUAUCGGAAGACAACCUGAAAUUGUGGAAUGUGUUGAUUUUACACCAUUGAUUGGAGAUGAGCCAUUUGAGAUGUGCCCAUUGGAACCUGUGCCAGCAUUUUCAGAUAAAUCAGAUAUGGGUAAGUACGGUAUAGAAACUUGAAGAGAAACAGAAAAGAACUGAGAGUAGAAAAUAAUACAUCUAGGCAUUUACUCGGUAACUGAUGAGUAUGAACAACGGGUUUAUGGAAAAUGUAUGCGUAUGGAAGUUGAUGAUGAUUUAUCAAGUGAGAGUUCGGAAGAGUUAGAGUGGAGAGAUCUUGAACCUUUUGAUGAACAAAAAUAUGAGCAAAUGAUGGAAGAAGAAGGAGAAGAAGAGGAAGAAAUUGAUAACAUGGAUUCUGAUGUUGAUGAGGUUGAGGAGGUGAAUUUUGUGAAAUAAAAAACAUGAACCUAGUGUCUCCUUGACCUUGUCAAUAUCAAGUAAGUCCGUCUUCUUCUCACAUCUUUGUUUGCACCUUCUUAAAUAAAUUUAUUUUUUUAUUUGAGCCGGUUCAGUCUUGAAAAUAAGACCAAUUAAUAGAACUCUAUUUGAUUUCCUUUAUCAUAAUUUCAAACAAUCAAUCAAUAUUUUCAGGACCGCGUAAGAGUAGCUUCGAUGACGUUCUACAAUGGCUUUUUCGCGACCAGCCAAGCAGCCCGGCACCGAUUCAACGAUCAUCAAGACGGGUGCCAACAACAGCACCGCAAACAAACGAUCCCGCUCUCUCGUCAGCCCUUUUCAUGGAUUCAUCGUCUCGCUCCAAUCCACGAUCAAGAUCCCAACAUCACACACUCUCAUCCUACGAUUUCACACCAGCGUCGACUUCCGCCUCCUCAACAACAACACCAUCGCCGAGCAACUAUCCAACAAGAAGAGCGCAAAGUUCGAGCAACUCGAGCAACGCUCGACACUAUUCACCGCUUGCCGAAGGAUUGUCACAGUGCGGAUUGGGAAGUCCCACGAGUGUCCAAACUGGCAGAUGCGCAUACGGCGACAUUGGAAAUGUCGUCGGUGGCACAAAUGUCGCGGAUAAUUCGACACGACGCUUUUCCGCCAUUUCGCCAUCAGAUCAUCUCGAUGUGCCGUCCGCUGGGUUGGGAUGUGCUAAAUCGCCGCAAACCGAUUUGUUCACCACUAUGCCUGCUACCAACACUGACAAUACCCAACAAAGCAUUCGGCCAGCAGCACAAACUGCGCAAAUAAAUUAUCAAGAUGCUAUUUGUGGUGAGUUUCAGAUACAAUUUAGGAAUUGAAAACUUUGAAUCACACCUGAGAAUUACGACUAAAGCCAUAAGUAUUCGGGUCCAAUUCAGAUUUUUUAGAGAUUCCCUCAGAACUUCUCCCUAUACAUAGAUCUCAUUCAAUAUCCAAUUUUUCAGACGAUAUUCCAUUCGAAGCUCCCGAUUUCUCUGAUAACUAUGCUCCAUAUGUUGAUACUGGUGAUAUGCUUCAAAUUGGCGAUGGUUCUCUUCAAACACCAUUCCUUCAAUGCGAUGAUUAUUUGGCAGCUCUUUAUGAUCUCCCAGAUUUUCAACCAACUCAACCAUUGAUGCCAGCUGCCAGACCUGUUACUGUAGAGGUUUGUAUAGAAGUUGUUUUUUUUUUUAUCUUAUUGAUCUUUCAUUUUUCAGCGUAUGUCCCCACCAGCAAAACGUCAAAUGCCAAUUAGUGAUUUCAAUUAUCCUACACAAAAUUUGACAUUUGCCCAAUUUGAUCAGUAUUGGCAAGAGCAACAACAACAACAGCAGAACUUCUAA